CCGCCGUUAGUCGCCGAUCGAGCGCCCGCGGAGCUGCGCAGUCGAGUCUCGCGAGCCGGUAGUCAACCGUUGAAUUGCCGGGCCAGUCGCCCGGAGCUGGGGGGAGGGUCAGAGGCGAAUUGGCAGCGCGUUGGGCGGAGUGUCACGAGUCACGGAGAGUCACGAGUUGACGCCGGUCAAGGAACCCGUUCAUUUUGACGAGGGCAAUUUUGACAACGGUCGAGGAUUCUUGACAGUGGCCUGGAAACCUUCUUUGGGUGCUUGGCAGACUGAUCGGUCUCGACUGUCACUGGACGUUGACCAGAGGAAUUGGCAGGGGUCCUUGCAAAUUGACAACGGCCAAGGAAAAUUGACAGCGUCCUCGAGGAUUUCAAACCGGGAAGAGUUGACAUCUUGGUCGCACCGAGCCGGAUCCAACUCCAAUUGACGGCGGAUCUCGGCGGAUCGCGACGGAUCGCGACGGAUCGCGACAGCUGACAGCGGCUUGCCGCGAGUUGACAGCGAGAAAGGGGAGGCGGAAGGAGUCAUUGGCUCGAGGAGGAGAAGGGACAGGUUGCGAUCGGCUGUCAAGCUCAAACUGUCAGAUCAAGGCAUCGCUCCGGGAGCCAUGACUCUGGAGGAGUCCCGUCGGUCCCAGCGGCCGUACCGGUACGGUAUGGUGCUCCUCUGCGUCGGGGCCCUUAUCAACUGGCUGGGACUUGCCGAGAACUACGUGGAGCCUGUACGGUACAUCGGAGUGGCCUGCAUAGUCGCAGGAGCUAUCCUGAUCUGUGCAGCGAUGUGUUGCUGGUUGCACACGCCGCCAACCAGGCCGAGCACGCAGACCGAACAGAGGAGCCAUCCCAUCACUGCCCAAAUCGACGAUCCAAUUCACGUAAUCUCGAUAGCUGAAACGUCAUCCUGCGGCGCCAGGCAAAAACCGCCCGACUACGAGGCUGUGGCAGAUGCACCGCCGAGCUAUGACGACGCCAUUAAACUGAAUCCCGCCCAAUUUACGAGGGCGGCUUACGACAAUAUAGCGUCGAUAUCUCCGGUGGAUCAUCCGGUUCCUGGAACGGCGCAGGCGAGUCGGAUAUCCGGGGAAUCCGCGUCCACGUUACCUCCUCCUUAUGCAAGGUACUGUAUACUCUCCAGCAUUGUUCACUCAUUCAUCGCUUAUUCGAUGCCCUGGCGAUACAUUUUUUUUUUAAGGGGGUGCAACGCGACGAGUUUCUGAAAAAUGUGAUUUUUGCAGUUUAACACUUUGAUUGCCACGCGCAUUUUAUUUGACAGCUAUGUCACCUGAAUAUCGGUGACGCGGCUGUCAACGUGUUAAAAAGAAAAGGGAAAAAUAAAUAACCUCCUCCUUACGUAAGGUACUGUAGGCUUUCCGGCAUUGUUUACUCAUUCUUUGCUUAUUCGAUGCCCUGGCGAUCCAUUUUUUUCCUUUAAGGGGGUGCGACGCGACGAGUUUCUGAAAAAUGUGAUUUUUGCAGUUUAACACUUUGAUUGCCACGCGCAUUUUAUUUGACAGCUAUGUCACCCGAAUAUGGGUGACGCGGCAGUCAACGCGUUAAAAAGAAGAGGGAAAAAUAAAUAACUUCCUCCUCAUGUAAGGUACUGUAGGCUCUCCGGCAUGGUUCAUUCAUUCAUAGCUUAUUCGAUGCCCUGGCGAUCCAUUUUUUUUCUUUAAGGGGGUGCAACGCGACGAGUUUCUGAAAAUGUGAUUUUUGCAGUUUAAAAAGAAAAGGGAAAAAUAAAUAACCUCCUCCUUAUGCAAGGUACUGUAGGCUUUCCGGCAUUGUUUACUCAUUCUUCGCUUAUUUGAUGCCCUGGCGAUUCAUUUUUUUCCUUUAACUCUUUGAGGCACGGUGGUAUUAAAAGUGUCCCACGUUUUUACUACGUGAAUAUGCACGGUGGUUUAAAAAGAAAUAAAAUUUCUGUGCAACAUGGGCCUAUUUAUUUUCUAAACUUCCGUGCCUCAAUGGAUUAAGUGGGUGCGACACGGCGAGUUUCUGAAAAUGUGACUUUUGCAGUUUAAAAAGAAAAGGGAAAAAUAAAUAACCCUUGUUGCGAGGGGCGUCGAUUACAGGCCCAUUUUUUGAGGCGGGACAGAUAACGAAGGAUUCCUCAUUUCCAUAUGACGUACAUGAAAUGUUUUAAAAAUGUUGGUUGUCAUGGAAAUGAGAUGUGAUCAAAAGAGAAAUUUCAAUUAUUGACAAAAAUGUUGUAUAACCAUGUCUGUAACAAACAAAGCUUUAAUUAACAAUUCGUAAAACUCCUGCGUACUAGCCUUGAUAAUAUAAAAAGUAAGAUCUUGUGAAAGUUUGAAGUGAAUCGGGUAAAUAUUGUAAACCAUUUGAGGGAAACGUGUUUAAAGAUUUUUAUUCAUUUGGUUUAUUGAAUACAUAAAAAUUGCAAUUUAUCUUUAACCUAAAUUUAUUAAACUAUGAGAAUUUUCGAUUCAAACUAGUGGGAUUUUGUUUUUAGAACCACAAGCCGUGAAUUAAACUUAUAAAAGAAAAUCCGACUUUUUCAGACUUCCACCGUGGCGUAACUCUUUAAUUUAAAACACCUUCUCUCGUAACUCUGAUAUUAGUCUUUGCGCAAUAUAUUCUAAUUUUUUUGCCUGGAAGAGGGUGAGUCAUUUCGUUUUGAAGGAAUAAUUGUGUAUUCCGAGUUUCACUCCGUCAAUCGUUGGAGCAGAAAGUGUUAAGGCCGAACGCCUAUUUUACUCGAUAAAUGUCGGUGAUAAUUAAAGUAUUGUAGGGUAAUUCGGUUCCUAAAAUAGCUAAUGCGGGUUGUACAUUCAGGGAAUUCGUGUUCGUGUUAUCAUCGCGUUACGUAAAGUACGGUCAAAUUUUCGACACGUAGCAUUUAAGCAAAUUCGUUUGACUUUCAGUUGAAAUCACUUUUUGGAAGUGCAAGCUUGCAAUAUUGUCAGAACGGUUCCUCGAACGUUUAGUUAUAAUUUUCUUGGGAUAAGUCAGGUGGAAUCACUUGUCGUUGCAUAGUAACCGAGUAGCCCCAGUAUCGUACUGUUAGUCUUCAUCGUAAUCGUCACUGGAGGAAUGUUAAUUGUAAAAGUCGCAUAAUCUCAAGAGGGACAGACGAUACUUUCAAUAGAUCUUUUAUAUCACGUGUCUUUUUACGAGAUAAUUCGCAGCGCCAACCUCAACAUCUUCGACAGAUUAUUCCUUUCCGGGAACAGACUCGGAUAUCCGGGGUGUUCAUAUCCACGUUAUCAUUACUCUACAGGUACAGUCAAAUGUCCAGGAAUGCAUACUGCCAUUGUUUUCAAUGGCUUUGUUCCUCGAGUCGAUAUUUAUAUGUACAGGGUGAGUCAUAUGAAAGGUCCCAAUCGGUGAGAUUUAGUUCAUGAGGAAAUAGGCCCAUUCUUUGAUGAACUGCAAGUGGCAAUCGGUAGUACUACUUUUCUCCACUGGUAAAACCAUGUGUAAUGAUAGACUGUUAAAUUUGUAAGCAUAGCAUUGCUUCUCACAUGUAU